CUUCCUUGUUUUGGAAAUCAAACUUUGGCAGCAAAUUUCUCAAAUUUUAGAAGAUAAACCUGUCAAUAACUAAACUCCAGCUUUUCCCUCCAUUUGGGGUGAACAAACCAGAAAAAGGCUACUGUUGAGAGUGUUCAGUAUUCAAAGUACACACAAAUAUUUGUGCUAGUGUGCUAGUCAUGACUCUUGGAUGCAGGUUCUUGUGCCCAUUGCAUCAACUAUUUAGAACUGGUGCUUUUUUAUUCUGUUUAGUUAUCACAUCAAGUUGGAGACAGAAAUUAUUAUGAAGUGUCCUGACUUUGAAAUUGUGUGGCCAGCAACGGCUGAUGGUGUUCAUUGAAAAUUGCAGAAGAUUCUCAUUUAAAGGCAAAAUAUGGGUUUCCUCCACUCUUCCACAUCUGCCUGUUGAACAAGGCCCCUCAUGAAAAUAUUCCUUCUUUGCUUUACAUCCCUGCAAAUAUUCUCAAAGAAUUUAUUCUUUGCUUUUAUUAAAGUGAUUCUUUUCACACUAUAAAAGCCAAAAGCCUAAAAUCUACCACCAGAAAAAAAAUUCUGAAAAUUUUCAGGUUGUAAAUCUGCAAUGACAAGUUGCAGAUUGCUUGAAGUUCAUACAGAAGAUCAAACUCCACAUAAAUGGAGUGUUUCAUUAACUGAAGAACUGUUCAAAAAGUUAUUCUCUCAGGGAACUCCAAUCCUCCAUAAGAUAUUUGGUGAAGGAUCAUUAUUCAGUCCAUUGUUGUUUGGAAAAUUUUUUGAUCCUUCAGAUGCCUUUCCACUGUGGGAAUUUGAGUCUGAUAUAUUGUUAUCUAAUCUUCGGAGCUCUGGCAAGACUAGCGUUGAUUGGUUUCAGACAGAUGAAGCUUAUGUAUUAAAAGCAGAGCUACCAGCAGGAGUUGGGAUAAACACAGUACGUGUGUAUGCUGAAAAUGGGAAGAUUGUGGAAAUUAGUGGGCAAUGGAAGCAGCAAAAAGAGUCGAAAGCAAAAGAUUGGAGAAGUGAGCACUGGUGGGAACAUGGGUACGUUAGAAGGCUUGAGCUCCCAGAAGAUGCAGAUUGGAAGAAAAUCCAGGCAUAUGUAAACAAUGAUAUAUUUCUUGAAGUAAGAAUUCCCAAGAACACUUUGGAUUGUGACACUGAUGACACUAAGGCCAAAAAUUCUGAUCGAGUGUAAAUUGAUAUAAGUAUAGUUUUGAUUUGCCAAGAACAUGUUAAUCCUGAUAUUUUAUAUCAUAAGCAUAGAAUGCUACACAGGCGAUAGUAUAGUUAACAGUUGAUUCGUAAA